AUGAAUACAGUUGUCCAAGAAUUAGACUAUCUAGCCAAACACGGCAAAGUCACGGGAUCAAAAAAUGGCAAUAAUCGGGUCAAAGAGCCGACCAAUGGCAUUAAUCGUGUCAAGGAGCCGACCAAUGACAUCAAUCGUGUCAAGGACAGAGCCAAGGAUGCCAUUCUAUUUUUAGAGCAGGAGUUUGAAGGUCGAGACUGUCGAUUCAAAUUCAACAACGACGACCACAUAUUGUCAUGCUGCCUGAGGUACUGUAACGACAAGGCCUCAUCCUACAUGCCCAAGAAUCCAGGCGACCCGAUAAGGUUGUACAGGGAGGUGGUACUACUGACCAAUGACAGGAAUCUUAGAGUGAAAGCUCACGUUCACAAUGUGCCAGUUAAAAAUCUCAAAUCCUUUCUACACUGGGCUAGACAAAAAAAAAAUAGCAAUGAUAACAGCGGAAACGAAACAAAAAUGAAGCACCAGUCGCAAACGUUUACGAAAAACAUAAACAGGUAUAAAAAAAACAACAACAAACAAACAAAAGGUAACGAAGAACAUGAGGACAACAAGGAGUGUGAUGAGAAUGACGAAGACGAUGAUGGCCUUGCGACUGUCUGGAUGCGAAGAGAAGAAGAAGAAGAAGAAGAAGAAGAAGAAGAAGAAGAAGAAAAAGAAGGAAAAAAAGAGGAGGAGGAGGAAAAGAAGAAAAAAAAAGAGAAGAAGAAGGAGAAUAAAAGAAGAAAAAAAAUGAGCUGA